AAACAAAGCAGGAAUAAUUUGUCGGCAACCAGAACUGGUCUUCGGUUUGGUCGAGAUGCUGAGAUAAUUCCUGAGUCAUCGAUGUCUCCAUUCUUUUUCUUAUUAUUCCUGUAACUGUUAAGCCCAAUAUAAUAUGAAUAUCUACAUAGGGUAGAGUGUGGCAAUCAUAUAAUCUAUCGGGGCAGAAUUCUAUAAACCAGUAAGAAGAAUAAAACUUUCUUCAUCUGUUGUCAAGAGAAUGGACAAAUGGUUUGCUUAGAGUUUGGUUAAUUUACAGGCAGAAGCAACCCUGUGAAUGGAUUGAGAGCUGAGGCGAAAGGAUGUCAUAUAGUUUUUAUACCCAUUCUACAGCAAUAAAGGACAUGGAGAGUAAUAAAGGAGAGCUGGAGUUGCUUCCCCAGAUUCGAACCCGGAACCGAAACAUCUCGAAUAUUGAUCCAGUUAAUAUGCUGAGCUCGAUCGACACAGGGAGCUUUGAACAGGGCGUGGGGUCGAACCCGGGACCUUGGGCUUCCAAUUUGCUGCUGGACUGUGCAAAGGCUAUAAUGGAGAAGGAAAUGGGGAAAAUACAGCAAUUGCUGUGGAUGCUCAACGAAUUGGCUUCACCUUAUGGAGACUGCGAACAGAGGGUUGCGGCUUAUUUUUUACAGGCGCUUUUCUGUAAAAUGAUGGAGACAGGGCCCCGCUGUCACAAAACUCUGUGCGCAGCGGUUGAGAGAAGUUGCUGCUUUGAUUCCAUGCGGAAAAUGAUACUGAAAUUCCAGGAGGCUAGUCCCUGGACAACUUUUGGCCAUGUUGCGGCUAACAGUGCGAUUUUGGAGGCAUUUGACGGAGAAAAUUGUCUGCAUAUUGUGGACAUGAGUACUACUCUGUGUACUCAGUGGCCCAUGCUGUUGGAAUCCCUAGCGACCAGAAAUGACGGCACGCCGACUCUUCGUCUGACGACGGUUAUUCUGCGGGGGAUGAGUAAUUGCAAUUCUGUUAUGAAGGAAAUAGGGCAGCGGAUGGAGAAAUUUGCAAGGCUUAUGGGAGUGCCAUUUGAGUUCAGUGUGGUGUAUAAGGAGGAAGAUGAGGAAUUGGACUUGAAGAGAAUCGAACUCAGGCCCGAUGAGGUGCUUGCCGUUAACUGUGUUUAUUCGCUACAGAGGUUAAAGCACAAGGAUUCUUUGCUCUCUGCUCUCAGAAAUAUGAACCCUAAAAUUGUGACUGUUGUGGAGGAGGAAGUCGACCUGGAGUCCGGGGAUUUCUAUGAGAGAUUUUGUGAAUGCCAUCGGUUUUUCAGCCUGUAUUUCGUUUCGCUUGAGGAGAGCUUUGGCCGUACGAGUAAUGAGAGGCUGAUGUUGGAGAGGGAGAUGGGAAGAAGCCUUGUCAACAUCUUGGCGUGCCCUGACAACUGUGAACACAGGGAGAAGAGCGCACAGUGGGCUGUCAGAUUCGACGGCGCAGGGUUCGAACCCUGGCCCUUCAGCGAUGAUGCCGUGGACGAUGUCAGGGCGCUGCUCAAAAGAUAUAAGGAAGGCUGGGGUUUGAACACCGUCAAUUCCCAGGGGCUCUUUUUGACAUGGAAGGAACAGUCUGCCGUCUGGGUUUCUGCCUGGAAACCUAAAUAGAUUUUCUCCGGGUUUUUCAUGGGGUUUACAGUAACGCCUCAUGGACCAUCAGAUUCAAACUUCGUACCCUAAAAUUACAAUCUUUUGUAGUCCUUUUCACUGCUUUGAUUUUUAGCUUUCAAUUUCAGAAUUUACAGCUCUUAAAUCUUGGAAAUUUUCCGAAUUCUUGGGUUUAUCUGUCUCAAAACAAAUGAAUUGAGAUCCGUAAUGUUAAAAUCACAGUAAAUAGGGUUAAAAUCACAGUUCUCUUUAUAACCUGUUUUAGGAUCGCACUGGU